AUCUGGACAAGAGGGCUGAGGCACCUCAACUGUCUCCUCUUGAUGUAAAGGAGCAGUGGCUGGACUCCGUAAGCUCCGUAUGACCAACUUCCUCACCCUAUCUCAUAGGGUCGACUGGUAAAUCAAGAGGUUUGCUCAGUUCCCAGUCGGUACUGCCUGUACUUCCAACCUUCCAUCACUGGAAGGUUGAGAUACUUCAGAGAUACUUGAACUUGAAGUAGACCUCACUCCCACUCUGAAAGGUGCAAAUUUCUAGAGUUGGUCCAGUGUUGCACAGCCAGGACAAUAAACACAUUGCACCUCUGGUCAGGUACCCUUCUCUCCAGCAUUCCGGAAAAAAAAAUUCCCAGGAAGGCUGAGCAGGAGUGUGAGCCUACUGUCGUCGGAAAACACCCUUCGGUCACUCUUCUUUAUAAUUGGGUCCACCUCCCCCAGUCUGGCAGCUUCAACCAGACUGGGCUCCCGCCACGCCGAACAUCAGGACCCGCGAAUGAGCCUCUAAGGGGGCGGAGAGACGUCCGAGAGCAGACAAGCUAGUCAGAAAGAGAAGUUGACACCGGGAGCCGAGCCUCCACGGCGGCGGGCACUUAUCUCACUCCGGGGCUGUACGCGCCUACCACAGAUUCUUCACGCACUCAUGGUCGUCUUGUGUCAGCCUUCUGGAGCUCACACGUUCGAGCGUGGUGACGACGACGACGACGUGGAGGAAGAAGAAGAAGAAGAAGAAGCGAUGUUUAGGUGCAACCGUGGAGGAGUUCGGACUUAGCUUCCUCAAGUGACUUUGGAGCGUAUACAAGCCAGGGGAGUUUCGGAUGUAGUAGCCCCGAACGAGUUACUACCUGUCCUGCGUGUUCCUCGCUCUGCUGAGCCGGAGGAAGGUGAGGUGGGCAUGCAGGUGAAGAAGCACCGGGAAGAGUCGAACCGGGGCGGCGGGACCAUGCUGGAAGUGGACGUCCCACGUAAAAAGACCUCCUGCUUCUCGAAUAUCAAGAUAUUCCUCAUUUCGGAAUGUGCGCUCAUGUUGGCACAAGGCACCGUGGGAGCAUACUUGGUGAGUGUGCUGACCACCCUGGAGCGUCGCUUCAACCUGCAAAGUGCAGACGUCGGCGUGAUUGCCAGCAGUUUCGAAAUCGGCAAUCUAGCACUCAUCCUGUUUGUCAGCUACUUCGGGGCCAAAGCCCACCGGCCCCGUCUUAUUGGCUGUGGGGGCAUAGUCAUGGCACUGGGCGCCCUCCUUUCUGCGCUCCCCGAGUUUCUCACCAACCAGUAUGAGAUAGGGGACACGAGGCGGACUGAUGUGGGACGGGACGUGUGCUCCAACAGGAGCCAGGACACCCAGUUGGCUGACGACACGGCGUGCACCAACAGGGCCAACACCAACAUGAUGUACCUGCUGCUGAUUGGGGCUCAGGUGCUGCUGGGCAUCGGAGCCACGCCUGUGCAGCCCCUGGGGGUGUCUUACAUUGAUGAUCAUGUCAAGAAGAAAGACUCUUCUCUCUACAUAGGAAUCCUCUUUUCCACUCUGGUGUUUGGGCCUGCGUGUGGUUUUAUCCUGGGCUCCGUCUGCACAAAAUAUUAUGUGGACGCGAUCUUCAUGGACACCAGUGAUCUCGGCAUCACUCCAGAGGACCCGCGAUGGAUAGGGGCCUGGUGGGCGGGCUUCCUUCUGUGUGGUGCCUUACUCUUUAGCUCUGCCCUUCUGAUGUUCGGCUUCCCUCAGUCUCUGCCCACCAAGGAGAGAGAGGAGGGGCCUGACAGUGAGCAGGCCAUGCUUCCUCCUGCUGCUCCUUCGAGUCCUGGCUAUGAGGCUCCAAAGACCAGCAAUGGUGCUGUGAGCAACCACGAGCGGCCCAACAGCCUCACCUGCUGUCAGCAACUCAGAGUGAUCCCCAAGGUAACCAAACACCUGCUGUCAAACCCCGUGUUCACCUGCAUCAUCCUGGCGGCCUGCAUGGAGAUUGCCGUUGUCGCGGGUUUCGCCGCCUUUUUGGCCAAAUACCUCGAGCAGCAGUUCAACCUCACCACCACCUCGGCAAACCAGCUGUUAGGCAUGACUGCCAUUCCGUGCGCAUGUCUGGGAAUCUUCAUGGGCGGCUUAUUGGUGAAGAAACUCAACCUGUCGGCGCUUGGAGCCAUCCGCAUGGCCAUGCUGGUCAACCUGAUCUCCACCGCAUGUUACAUCUCCUUCCUGUUCCUGGGAUGCAACACAGGCGCCGUCGCAGGGGUGACGGUCACGUACGGCAACAGUACUUUGCAGGUGGGCAACAAACCGGAAGCUCCGUGCAUCAAUCACUGUAACUGCUUCACCUCCUCCAUCAGUCCUGUUUGUGGAUCCAACGGCGUCACCUACCUGUCGGGCUGCUUUGCCGGCUGCACCCACACCUUUGCUCAGAACCUGAGUGGAUGUGCUUGUAUAUCUGCUGACAGCGAAUUCGCCACAGCCGUUCCAGGAAAAUGCCCGACCACCGGCUGCCAGGAGGCUUUUCUCAUCUUCCUGUGCAUCAUCUGCUUGUGCAGCCUGGUGGGGGCCAUGGCCCAGACGCCCUCUGUGAUUGUCCUCAUCAGGACUGUCACUCCCGAACUGAAGUCAUACGCACUUGGGGUGUUGUUCCUUUUGCUGCGACUCUUUGGGUUCAUCCCGCCUCCGCUCAUCUUUGGCGCCGGGAUAGACUCCACCUGCCUUUUCUGGAGCUCAGACUGUGGCGACAAAGGCGCCUGCCUGUUGUACGACAACCUGGCCUACAGAUGGCUGUAUGUAAGCUUGGCCAUCAUCCUGAAGGCCGUGGCCUUCCUCCUGUACGCCUCCACGUGGUACUGCCUACGCCGCAACUACAACACCUACAUCAAAAGUCACGAGGCCCAGAUGUCGCCCAGCGAGUUCUACCCCUCGCUCUCGGACGGGCCCAAACUAGUGGACAGGACAAAGUUCAUCUAUAGCUUAGAGGACCACGAGUUUUGUGAAAACAUGGAAUCGGUUUUGUAGGCCGUAAAGCGACAAGGACGAUGUGGACUAUUCAUAUUGUUUUUUAGUAUUAACAACGAUGAACCGCUGCUCUGCUGUCCUCAAUACAAAGGGUCCACUUUAGGUGUGUGAUGGUGCUGGUGGUAGAAUUGAUGAGCUUGUUGUGUUGUUGCUAGGCAGACAAAGACAACAAAUUGUAGCUUCGUGUGUUGACUGGAGUGGUGUUACUACUACUAGUUGCCAUAUUCUUGUAGCUCUGGUCAUGGCUGCAGAUGUGCAUGAGAGGAAAUGACAGCACUAUCUGUCUUACCAAGGAGAACUAUGGCCACGCCCCAAAAUAAACAUUUAAAGUCCUAGAACGACAAUAAAGACGUAAUAAUGAGAAGAACAAGAAUACAUUUUAAAAUGUUUUUAUGAGAAUAAAGUUGAAAUUUUAUUUAAAAAAAAUAAACAAUAUUACAAAAAAAUAAAUGCACGUGUGGAAUUUUUUGUCCCCCAAAAAUGCUUAUUUUCCCCUCCAAACAACUUGUGACGUAUUACUUACGGAUAUGUUAUUCUUAUAACGUCACAAAAUAGAUUUUUUAUUGAGUUUGAAAAUCAUAUCACAUAGUUUACGUAACAGAUCACCAUUUUUUGCAGUCACUGAAUUUUACUUUCUUCCUGUAACUUAUUUUUUUUCUGUAUUUUAUACUCAACUUUACAUUGGAGUACAUUCUUAACAAAAAAAAAAAGAUUUGUACAUGAAAAAAUACACUUACCAAAAUGUAUUUUUUUUCUCCAAAAAUUGCAACUCAUGUAACUACAAUUUAUUAUUUGUCACUUUUUUUAUUUUUUGUCACUUUACCCCUAUAUUUCUGUAACGCUCUCCAAUAAUACUAUAAUUUCAUUAAUGACAUUCAAACUUUUUUCUCAUAACAUGUCAAAUGUAUUCUGAAUAUUUGUGUGUGCGUGUUGCCCUUGUACUCCUUGGUAGUGUGCGUAUUCAGUGAGAUGUUUUCCGUAUUUAACAAAAGUCGGGGUGGUUCUUCAUUAGUACAUAAGUUGCCAAGCGUUUACAGUCAUUUGAUGAGAGAGCAGAAUCACCCUGACUUUACUACUCUAGUGGCCUCUUAGAUAUUUUUCAAAUGAAACCAAACUGAUUGUGUUCAGUUUAGCUUCUCAUGCUGGAUCAGACACACACUGUCGUCCAUACUGUUGAGAGAAAAAAUGUGCAAUGAUAUUUGUGUGAUACAUCAUACUAGUUAGUGUGUCUUUUUUUGUUUCACAGUUCAUUCAACAGCCUAUUUUGUCUUAAUAAGGGAUUCUACAAAUAAGAUGUUUAUUUUCUUUGGACUCCUGCUCAGAGAGACUGCAGGAGAAGAAAAAGAUUACGAGUAAUAUAUUUGUUAUUCUGGGGGGUCCAGAAUGCUCUAUUAUAUUGAUGUCGGUGAUUAUAGUCUUCACUUCCUGUAUCUACAGUAUAUGAUGUCACAAGAGAUGAUUUGCAGUGAAGGUAAUAGAAACAUAAUGCAUCUUCAGAUUAGAUCUGUCGUAGCUGCAGAGACAACAGGACUGUGUGUAUGUGUGUGUGUGUAGUCAAAACACGUUUAUUCUUGGUGUGUGUGUGGAAAAUUUCAAUUUAAGACAACUUGUUACGAUGCUACUGAUCUCUCAGCAGUUCUAGUUUUGACCUUGUCUCUUUUCUUACUCUUUUGUAUGGCAUUUAUUUUACUCUGGGAAUAAAUACUUUUUCAAUAAUA